UAAAAAGCGAGAGGCCACUGCAAAUUUGAAAUUACCUCCAAGUAGAGAAGAAGCAACAAAUACGGCAAAUCAGCUACGCUGAAAGUGAAUUCCAUGCAAAAGCUAAAGGGAAUACAAGUGAAGUGUUAUCGACACACCAAAGCAAAAGCCAAAAGCUAAUAAAGACACUUAACAAUUUACAAUCCACAAUCUAUAAACCACAAACGACGACGAUCCACAAUCCACAACAACAAGAAUAAGAACCAAAAUUCGAGAGUUCGCGACGUUCAAAUCGUCAAAAUUGCGUUCAGUGUAAAUCAAAUAACGUGCGGGACGUGCAAUCAGAGCGAGGACAUAAUCAUGCUCAUAUCCUACAGAUGCAUCUACUCAGUGCUGCUGACCACCAUGGCCAGCAUUAUGGUGGUGCUCAGCUCCAACUCACACAAUGGCCAAUUGCCGAUCCGCAAAUGCGGUGGCGCAUUAGCGAGAACCAUGGCCAUGGAUCUGUCCAGCUUUGGACUCUUGGAGAAUCGCAUUAGCACACUCGAUGCGCCACAGCAGACGCACUGGAGCAAAAAGUUUCUGGCCAAGCGUGAGGCGACACCACAUUCAGCACCCUAUGUGGUCAGCAUUCAGAUGAUGACACCGGAUCAGGGACUGGUGCACUAUUGUGCCGGCACUGUGAUCAACGAGCAUUGGAUACUGACGGCUGCCCAUUGUCUCAGCUCACCACAGGCGCUGGCCAAUUCGGUGAUCGUUGCCGGCAGCCAUGACAUUCACAAUCGCCGUGGUGAAGCUGCCAGUGUCCAGAUGCGUCCCAUCGAUUACUAUGUGCGCCAUGAGCUGUAUCUGGGCGGUGUGAAUCCCUAUGAUAUUGCACUCAUCUACACCAAGAAGCCGCUGGAAUUUAAUGAGUAUGUCCAGGCAGCCGCAUUGCCAGAGCAGGAUGCCCAACCGGAGGGUUAUGGAACACUGUACGGCUGGGGCAAUGUCUCCAUGACAGCUGUCCCCGAUUAUCCCCACAAACUGCAGCUGGCCAACAUGCCCAUCCUGGAUAUGUCACUCUGUGAGCAAAUUCUCGCACGUUCCGGUCUCGAGUUGCACGAGACGAAUCUGUGCACGGGACCAUUGACUGGAGGAGUUAGCAUUUGCACCGCCGACUCGGGUGGUCCAUUGAUGCAGGAAUGCUGUGAACCCCAUUUGGAUCAGAGCAACAUUGUCAUUGGCAUUGUCUCCUGGGGUCGAAUGCCCUGUGGCCAGAAGAAUGCCCCAUCUGUCUUUGUGCGCGUCUCCGCGUUUACCGACUGGAUCAAUCAGAUUAUCACUUCGGCCACACAAUUCAUGUAAAGAACAACACCUCAACAUGGAGACAGUUCCUGAAACAUUAUCGCAGCUCGAAUUAAAAAAAAAUCUUAAAAAAAAAAAAACAAUUAAAAAGCAAACUCAACAAAAACUAAGCCAAAAAAAUAUCGAAGCUAAUCUCAGUAGAAUUAAGCAAUAAAUAUAAAUGUAAGCCACCUCAUGUAAUAUACUGCCGUAAUCCUAGUCAUAUAAGUUGAAAACGCAAAAAGUGUUCCUAAUAAAAAAA